AGCGGAGUCGCGCAUGCGCAGAGCAGCGGCGGAGUUUAAUGAUGGCGUCCAGCGCAGCGACUCGCUCCGGAGCCGCCGCCGUUAAAGUCGUUAAACCGAUCUUCAGCCGCGACCUGAGUGAAGCCAGGCGCAGGGCCCGCGAGCUCUACCGGGCCUGGUACCGAGAGGUGCCUAGCACAGUGCACACGUUCCAGCUGGACAUCACUCCGCAGCAGGGCCUCGAGAAGCUGCGGGAGAUGUUCGACAAGAACAAGCACGUGACCGACCCGCGCGUCAUCGACAUGCUGGUCAUCAAGGGGAAGAUGGAGCUGGAGGAGACCAUUAACGUCUGGAAGCAGAAGACGCACAUCAUGCGCUACUUCCACGAGACCGAGGCGCAGCGUCCCGCCGACUUCCUGUCCAAAUUCUACCACGGACACGACCCCUGACCCCUGAAAUGUGUUGUGAUUUUCUUUUUCUGAACUGUAAAUAUACACUGAUGCUGAAACUC